GCAUGACAGACGUGUUCCUCAUCUCCCUCAUCACCGGACUCUUCACUUACUGGUUCUUCUUCCGCAAGAAAAAGGAGGAACUCCCCGACCUGCCCAAAAUGCAAACAGUAUGUUGCAGUUUCUCAGGACUGUGUGGAUCCACUUGGUAACUUCCGAAGCCCCACCACGAGGAUCCGAGGGGACAGGACCACUCCUGCUAUGACCCGUGCCGGGACCUUUUGUGCCGGCUCUCUUCUCCUCAACAAAAGGCUGACGCUUGGCUUUAGCGCCCAGGAGGAGCAGAAUGGGAAGGCCUGUGUGGCUCCAGAGCUAAGUUAGAUCCGUCCCCCCACACCUCCCCUUGCAGACACAGCUGCCCUGGGACUCUUUGUCUGCCUUCUCCCUGCCCAGCAUGGGCUGCGUGUACUCGGCCCCGCGGGAAGAGCCGGCCGUGGCCAGAGUAGCUCCAGUGAGAGACAGCAGCUUCAUUGAGAAGAUGAAGAAGACGGGCCGAAACAUUGUGGUUUUCUACGGUUCCCAGACGGGCACAGCAGAGGAGUUUGCCAACCGUCUCUCCAAAGACGCUCAUCGCUACGGCCUCCGGGGCAUGGCAGCGGAUCCGGAGGAGUAUGACCUGUCGGACCUGAGUCGCCUCUCGGAGAUUGACAAGUCCUUGGCUGUGUUCUGCAUGGCCACCUAUGGAGAGGGGGAUCCCACGGACAAUGCCCAGGAUUUCUACGACUGGCUGCAGGAGGCCGACACCGACCUCUCGGGUCUGCGGUUUGCAGUCUUUGGGCUGGGGAACAAGACUUAUGAGCACUUCAAUGCCAUGGGAAAGUAUGUGGACAAGAGACUGGAGGAGCUCGGAGCCCAGCGCAUCUUUGAGCUUGGGCUGGGAGAUGAUGAUGGCAACCUGGAAGAAGACUUUAUCACCUGGAGAGAGCAGUUCUGGCCGGCAGUCUGUGAGCACUUUGGGGUGGAGGCUACAGGAGAAGAGUCCAGCAUCCGCCAGUAUGAGCUGGUGGUGCACACGGAUGUGAACAUGAACAAAGUCUACACGGGAGAGAUGGGCCGACUCAAGAGCUACGAGAACCAGAAGCCACCGUUUGAUGCCAAGAACCCCUUCCUGGCCAAGGUUACAGAGAACCGCAAACUGAACGAGGGUGGAGAGCGGCACCUGAUGCACCUGGAGCUGGAUAUCUCCAAUUCCAAAAUCAGGUACGAGUCCGGGGACCACGUGGCCGUGUACCCUGCCAACGACUCCUCUCUGGUGAACCAGAUCGGUGAGAUCCUGGGCACGGACCUGGACACUGUCAUGUCCCUAAACAACCUGGAUGAGGAAUCCAACAAGAAGCAUCCCUUCCCCUGCCCCACGUCCUACCGAACAGCCCUGACCUACUACCUGGACAUCACCAACCCUCCCCGCACCAACGUGCUGUACGAGCUGGCCCAGUACGCCACGGACACCGAGGAGCAGGAGCGCCUCCGGAAAAUGGCCUCGUCCGCUGCCGAGGGCAAGGCCCUGUACCUCAGCUGGGUGGUGGAGGCCCGCAGGAACAUCCUGGCCAUCCUGCAGGACAUGCCCUCGCUGCGCCCCCCCAUCGACCACCUGUGCGAGCUCCUGCCCCGCCUGCAGGCCCGCUACUACUCCAUCGCCUCCUCCUCCAAGGUUCAUCCCAAUUCCAUCCACAUCUGUGCCGUGACGGUGGAGUACGAGACCAAGACGGGCCGCCUGAACAAAGGGGUGGCCACCAACUGGCUCAAGAACAAGGUGCCUGACCAGAACGGGAGCAACUCCCUGGUGCCCAUGUACGUGCGGAAGUCGCAGUUCCGGCUGCCCUUCAAGCCCAGCACCCCCGUGAUCAUGAUCGGGCCGGGCACUGGCGUCGCCCCCUUCAUCGGCUUCAUCCAGGAGCGGGCCUGGCUGAAGCAGCAAGGCAAAGAGGUGGGUGAGACAGUGCUUUACUACGGCUGCCGGCGCGAGCGAGAGGACUACCUGUACCGGGAGGAGCUGGCCCGCUUCCAGAAGGAGGGAGUCCUCACCCAGCUCAAUGUGGCCUUCUCCAGGGACCAGGCUGAGAAGGUUUAUGUCCAGCACUUAUUGAAAAAGAACAAGGAAAACAUCUGGAAGCUGGUUAAUGAGGGGAUGGCUCAUAUCUACGUGUGUGGCGAUGCCCGGAACAUGGCCCGGGACGUGCAGAACACCUUCUACGAGAUUGUGUCCGAGUUCGGGAACAUGAGCCAGGCCCAGGCCGUGGACUAUGUAAAGAAACUGAUGACGAAGGGCCGGUACUCUCUGGAUGUCUGGAGCUAAAAGCGGGGCUGGUGGGGCUGGGGAGAGAAUGGGUCCCCAGGCGAGGGCCCACGGGAGGUGCAAAGUGCCUGCUCGCCCACGGCUGCUGUGGGUGAGGGUGUCAGCCCCGCCCCACAG